GCCGACGCCGAGGCCGAGGGCCGCGCCGCGGGCGACGCCGACGCCGCGGAGGGCGCCGAGGCCGGGGACGCGGAGGAGGACCCCUACGGCGCCGCAGAGGCGGACCCCUACGGCGCGGAGGAGGACCCGUACCUCGCGGAGGCCGACCCCUACGCCGCGGGAGGCGACGAGGCCGCGACCGACGGCGGAGCCGACGGCGCCGCCGGGGCCGGCGGGGAGGCGGAGGCGGAGGCCGCGCCUGGCACGGAAGCCGACGCCGCGGACGCGGGCGAGGCCGCGCGGGGCCCGCAGCCGGCGGGCGAGCCGCCGCGCAAG